GUUGGAUGGUCCAGUCGGUUCCGUAUGAUCAUACGGCGAGCAUUGAGUGCUUGAAGAACCCGACGAGGCCUCUGUACAACGGCGGCAUCAUCCAGAACAGCGAGUUCAACAACGGCCUGGCCGGCUGGUCGGUGCCGUUCGGCGUCAACACGAGCGUCAUCAGCUCGCCGUCCGGCAACAAGUUCGCCGAGACGAGCAACAAAGCCCAGCCUUCCCGCAGCGUCUCCCAGAAGUUCCUCAUGGAAGCCAACCACCACUACUCCCUCUCAGCAUGGUUGCAGGUUUCGUCCGGCACGGGCGCCAUAGUGAAGGCGACCUUCAAGGCCCCCAACGGCGCCUUUAUCGCCGGCGGCUCCAUCGUGGCCAAGUCCGGCUGCUGGAGCAUGCUCAAGGGCGGCAUGACCUCCUACACCUCCGGCCCUGCGGAGCUCUUCUUCGAGGCCGACGGCGCCGCCGUCGACAUCUAUGUCGACAGCGUCUCCCUGCAGCCCUUCUCCUUCCCCGAAUGGGACGCCCACGCCAGUAUCUCCACCUCAAAAACCCGCAAAAGCACCAUAAAAAUCCUCGCCCGGCAACGGUCCAGCGGCGAACCUCUCGCGAACGCCAAGCUGAGGAUCAACCUCCUCCGGCCGGGGUUCCCGCUGGGCAACGCCAUGACUCCCGAGAUCCUCAGCAACCCGGCCUACGAGCAGUGGUUCGCGUCCCGGUUCACGGUGGCCACCUUCGAGAACGAGAUGAAGUGGUAUGCCACGGAGCCCCGGCAGAACCUGGAGGACUACCGUGUCCCCGACGCCAUGCUUCGGCUGGCCGAGAGGCACGGGAUCAAGGUCCGCGGCCACAACGUGGUCUGGGACGACCCCAAGACGCAGAUGAACUGGGUGGAGUCGCUGAGCCCGGACCGGCUGAGGGCCGCCGUGGAGAAGCGGGUCCGGUCCGUCGUGUCCCGGUACGCCGGGAAGGUGAUCGCCUGGGACGUGGUCAACGAGAACCUCCAUGGGGACUUCUACGAGAGCAAGCUCGGCGCUGACGUAUCCGCCCAGCUGUACAGCCAGGUGGGCCAGAUUGACCGUCAGGCUCUGUUGUUUAUGAACGAGUAUAACACGUUGGAGGUGCCCAUGGACGCCAACGCGUUGGCAAGUAAGUACAUGGCGAAGAUGAACCAGAUCAGAUUCUACCCUGGGAACUUGGGGAUGAAGCUGGCUGUUGGGCUGGAGAGCCAUUUCGGCGCCCCGAACAUCCCCUUCAUGAGGGCCACGCUGGACAUGCUGGCGCAGCUAAUGGUGCCUAUCUGGCUUACGGAGGUUGACGUGGUGGCGGGGCCGAACCAGGCGGGUUACCUGGAGGCCGUGCUGAGGGAAGGCUAUGGCCACCCGGCCGUGCAGGGGAUGGUGAUGUGGGCGGCAUGGCACGCCAAGGGGUGCUACGUCAUGUGCCUCACCGACAACGGCUUCCGGAACCUCCCUGUCGGUGAUGUCGUCGACAAGCUCAUCGCCGAGUGGAGGACGCACCCGUUGGAGGUCACCACGGGUUGCAAUGGCGCGGCGGAGCUGGACCUCGUCCACGGCGAGUACAACUUCACGGUCACUCACCCGGACCUGGAGUCUCCCACCGUGCACACUUUGACGGUGGAUGCGGCGUCGUCUUCUUAUGCUUCAUUGUCAUCUGACCUCACUUUAGACAUCAAGGUGUAG